AUGACGCUCAACCAGCUACCCGACGAGGUCUUGCAACAAGUACUCCAUUACGGCUCGCCCGAGGACACCCUCUUCAAUCUGAGGCCUUUGAGUCGGCGCUUUAGGCUCUUGACGCAUGAGCCACUGCUGUGGAAGCACUUUUGCGCGACGAGCUUCAGCCAUUGGAGUGAGCACCACGCCUUCCACGGGAAACUGCCACAGCCUGCAUCCUCUGUGGACUGGGAGGCUUUGUUUGUCUUGCGCAAGAAGCAGAACAUCCAAGUGGCAGGCUGGUUUGAGCACAUCUUGGAGACGUCCCAAGGUCGCUAUGAGCGCUACGGCUUGAUAGGUGCUCUAGGAUACGACGCCAAAGAUGUUCUAUUAGAACAGUGUGCAUGCGCAGACGAACUAGACGAUCAUCUGGCUCGCAGAUACUAUGCAGAAUCUCUUAUCCGCGCCAUUCACCGCGACAUCGCCAUCGAGCAGUGGCGCAUGCUUGCGAACCCGCGUGAACCUGAUCCGCCCCUUGAGAAGGUAUUCGGCGCCUUUGACAUGUUCGUCCUUGGCGCGGAGUACGGCGACCUCGAUGAUAUCUCAGACAUGCUUGAUCAACACGCGCACAGCUUCCGAAAGGCUCACCCUGGGUUGGAUGGUAUGACAGCCAGGUCCAAAGCUCUGGCCCUGGUUCGCUGGGUCCGAUCUGAGAACUUGGUCGGCAUGGAUGACCAGCUUCACAACUAUCGCAACUUGCGGAAUUGCCUUCUAGGUCAGGCUUUGCGACAUGAGGAACACGAGUCUCUUCCUCUGAUCUCAAGCGUCAUAUACUGUUGUCUGGCCCGAAGAAUUGGGCUGGACGCGCAGUCAUGCAACUUUCCCGGUCAUAUAUUUACGGUUGUCUCGGCAGCCCAGGGCUGUUCGCUCAACAGCCCGCGACACGGAGCUGUGGUAUCUGAUGAGGAAUGGCAGGAGCACAUGUAUCUUGAUCCGUUCGGUGCCGAUGACGAAGUCUCGGUAGAUUAUCUCAAGAGCAGGUUGGCGGCCAUGGGCGAAACGCAGGGAACCGAUGCUUAUCUUGCGCCCAUGCAUGUCAAGACCUUGCUCAAUCGACUUGGACACAACAUCAGUGCUACAUUCCGCAUCGCGACAGCUCAUCAGAACCCCCAGACCCCUUUGAUCAGUACUCUCAUACGGAGCAAUCAUCUGUCCAACGUCAGCACCUGCCUUUACGCUACUAUGUGGUCAGCCCUCAUUGUUACGCCAUCCAUCUCCUGGGGCGAGCUAGACUUUUUCUUGGGUCAAUUCGCUAGCUCAUGGCCGGAGGACGUUUGGCUGGUCCGAAAAUAUCUACGUCAAGGGCAACACGGGAGGGCGACCACGGACGGGAGCUGGGAAAUCCUCAAUGAGAUCGACGCCCGUGAUCAGGCACAGCCCAAGACCAGAAGCCUGAGGAACCACAUUGAGCGGCAGGCUCGUGGCAUCUACCCGAGAUAUCAUGUCGGCGAAGUUUUUACCCAUCGGAGAUACGGGUACAUUUGCGUUAUUACCGGCUGGAGUGAUCAACUCAGUCGACGGCAAGCAGCGGCCGAAAGGCUGGGCGACCGCGGGCACGUUGGUGACAUCAACCACAUACGAUUCAACGACGACCAUACAUAUUACACAUACAUGUAA